AAAAAACCCAGUCAAUAUUUUUUGCUUGGCAUUGACGUAUAUUAUCCAAUCUAAAAUAUAUGUGGAUAAAUAUUGUUCUUUUCUCUUUUUCUUUAUUAUAUUAUAUACAAUGGAAAAGCCAACUAACAAUAAAGCUGAAUACGUUGCUGUUCCUACCAGUGAUGUUGAUCAGGAAGCUGGUUUACCUGCUUAUGAGGAACAUCAAUUAAUGACUCAAAACUCUCCAAGACGUUGUAAACGUUUUGGUUUAUUAUUCAUUGGGGGUGCAAUCGCUCUUUUGGGUUUGACUCACCUCUGUGGCGGUCCUGCUAUGAAAGCAUUUUCUGAAAAAUAUGAUUUGGAAUUACGUCCUCAAGAUGCUCCUGAACCCUGUACUUUAAAUCAUUUUGAGCCUUAUCAGGAAUUGAAACAACAUUUGCAAAAUUUGGAAGAUACUUAUAUUAUUCCUGAAGAAAAUUACCGGAAUCUUCGUACUUUGGAUCAACCUGAACAUCAUGGCUAUCAUAUGAAUCAGGAAGACUACCCACAUCAUCCUCAUCAUCCUCAUCAUCCUCAUCAUAAGGAUCAACCUAAAGAUGAUGAGCCUGCCACUAUGGAAGAGCCUCAACACCACCACCACCAUCAUCAUGGCCAUAAGGGCCAUCCUCAUCAUCAUAAUAAUGCUCAAGUGCUUCCCGAAGGCCUUAGUCUUGCUAAAAUUGAAGGCAGGCCUCGUCAUCAUCAUCCUCAUGGUCACCCAUCAGAGCCCUUCUGUAAGAUGGAUGAACUCGAAGCUACUUCUACCGUCUUUUUAUUUUCACCCGAGAAGUUUGCUCGCGCUGGUCUUUUCUUAGAUGGUCAUUUCUCUUUUGGCAGUCAUGUUCGUCUUUCAAAGUCUGUUGAUAAGUCUCUUGAAGAUAUCAAGGUGAAUGUUACUCUUUACAGUGGUCGUAAUGAACUUCAAAAGGAGGUCAAGAUUUCUGCCUUUGAUCAUAAAGGACAAUAUGCUGUUCAAGUUGAACGGGGUCGCUUCCAUAAUAUAUUGGAUAGAGAGAUUCAAAGAUAUGAAGAAGAAGACUCUGAUCGUCCAGAGAAGCCUCCUCAUCACCCUGAUGAAGACAAAAAAGAAAACUGUCUUCUUUAUAAUGUUGAUAUUGUCUUCCCUGCCAAUCUUAAAUAUUAUGAAGAUCUCGAACUCAAAGUUAGAGAAGCUCGUCGUAUUACUGGUAGCGAAGGUCUUGAAGAAAUUGAAUUUGGUACUCUUAAGGCAGGUCUUGACCGUGGUGCAAUCAAGUUUGACAGCUUAAAAGCCAAAAAAUUAUUAUUGGGUGUACUUCGUGGUGUAGUUAUGGGUACUUACCAACCAAGUGAGAGAUUUGCUGCAGGUACUGUUCAUGGUGCUACUAAGGUUAACAUUGAACCUACUAGUGAUAAGAUUAAUAUUACUGCCUCCUCUACUUUUGGUCCAGCUAGUGUUGACAUUCCUGCUGAUAGCUAUGAGGGUGACUUUACCUUGUUUAAUCUUCUCGGUGAGCCUUCAACUAUUCAAGCUCCUAAUCCUGAAGAUAUCCAUGUUACCAUGUACAGACCUCAUCUUAAGUCUGGUUACUAUAAGAAAGAACAUACCGGCUCUCGUAUCAUUGUUGCUGCUAAAAUUCAUGGCGGUGAAAGACUUUCUUUCAACUAAGAAAAAAUAAGAAAUUUAUUAUUAUUGUUAUUAAAUUGUUGAUAAAAAAUACAUUUAUUUUUUAUUAUCCUUUCUUUAAUUUUAUUAUUAUUAUCAAUUAAUAAUUAUCUAUAGUCAAUAUUUACACAUGUAAAAAAAAAUAUAUUUUUUAAAAAUCGUCAAUAUCAUCAACUUCAAACAUGCCACCUAAUUUAAUUUUAUCUCCUUCAUUAAAAGCAGGCAU